ACAUGCAAAUACAGUAUAGAUGAACAAAGGCGUUGCUUUUCCUGGCUAUAGACUAGAAGGUUUAAAUUUUCUCAAGGAUGGAAACAGAAAGUGAGAAUAGUACUUCUGGAGAUGACAGUGUCUUUUGGUUGGAUUCAGAGGUGAUCCAGGUGACUGAUAGUGACAUGGAAGAAAGGGAAAUGGAUUUCAGAAAGAUGAAGUCCUCAGUACAUUCAGAAGAGGAUGAUUUUGUGCCAGAGCUCCAUAGGAAUGUUCAUCCCCGUGAGCGGCCUGAUUGGGAAGAAGCUCUUAGUGCAAUGGCAAGAGGAGCAGAUGUCCCAGAUAUUCCUGGAGAAUCUCUUAAGACAUGUGGCAGUACAGCAAGUAUGAAAGUUAAACAAAUGAAAAAAUCCACCAAUCCUGGACUUAUGGGCUGUGACAACAUUCACAGGUUGCCCUUUACUAAAGGUCACUUUCCGAAGAUGGCAGAAUGUGCACAUUUCCAUUAUGAGAAUGUGGAGUUUGGCAGUGUACAGCUUUCACUCUCAGAGGAGCAGAAUGAAGUCAUGAAAAAUGGCUGUGAAUCCAAGGAGCUGGUCUACCUCGUACAGAUUGCUUGUCAGGGUAAAAGCUGGAUUGUGAAGCGAAGUUAUGAAGAUUUCCGAGUACUUGAUAAACAUCUCCAUCUAUGUAUUUAUGACAGACGCUUUUCCCAGCUCUCUGAACUUCCCCGUUCUGACACUUUGAAGGACAGUUCAGAGUUGGUCACUCAGAUGCUUGUGGCUUACCUGUCACGCCUCUCAGCCAUUGCAGGGAACAAGAUCAAUUGUGGACCUGCUCUUACCUGGAUGGAGAUUGAUAACAAAGGAAAUCACCUAUUAGUUCAUGAAGAAUCCUCAAUUAACACACCUGCUGUUGGUGCUGCCCAUGUUAUCAAGAGAUAUACUGCUCGUGCUCCUGAUGAAUUGUCUUUGGAGGUGGGAGACAUUGUGUCAGUUAUUGACAUGCCACCAAAAGUAUUGAGCACAUGGUGGAGAGGAAAGCAUGGAUUUCAGGUGGGACUCUUUCCUGGUCACUGUGUCGAGUUAAUUAACCAAAAAGUUCCUCAGUCAGUGACAAACUCAGUGCCAAAACCAGUAUCCAAAAAACACGGCAAACUUAUCACUUUCUUACGAACAUUCAUGAAGUCUCGUCCAACAAAACAGAAACUGAAGCAGCGGGGAAUUCUGAAAGAAAGGGUAUUUGGAUGUGACCUGGGGGAACACCUUCUGAAUUCUGGUUUUGAAGUGCCCCAGGUUCUUCAGAGCUGUACUGCAUUCAUUGAGAGAUAUGGAAUUGUGGAUGGAAUAUAUCGUCUUUCUGGCGUUGCCUCCAAUAUCCAGAGAUUACGACAUGAAUUUGACUCUGAACAUAUUCCCGACCUGACAAAAGAGCCUUAUGUUCAAGAUAUACAUUCAGUUGGUUCCCUUUGUAAGCUGUAUUUUCGAGAACUCCCAAACCCUCUACUCACUUACCAACUGUAUGAGAAAUUCUCAGAUGCAGUUUCUGCAGCAACAGAUGAAGAACGACUCAUAAAAAUUCAUGAUGUCAUCCAACAGCUCCCCCCUCCACAUUACAGAACACUGGAGUUCUUAAUGAGACACUUGUCCCUUCUAGCUGACUAUUGUUCCAUCACAAAUAUGCACGCCAAGAACCUAGCAAUUGUUUGGGCUCCAAAUCUUCUAAGGUCAAAACAGAUAGAAUCUGCCUGCUUUAGUGGGACAGCUGCCUUCAUGGAAGUGAGAAUUCAGUCAGUGGUGGUCGAAUUUAUUCUUAAUCAUGUGGAUGUUCUCUUCAGCUGCAAAAUUAGCGCAGUCAUUCAGGAUGGGGCAGCUUCUCUUUCGAGGCCCAAGUCCCUGCUGGUGUCCUCUCCAUCCACCAAACUACUGACGUUGGAGGAAGCCCAGGCACGAACACAAGCUCAGGUCAAUUCUCCAACUAUGCCCGACAACAAAUAUAUCGAAGUGGGAGAAGGGCCUGCUGCACUUCAAGGAAAAUUCCACACUAUAAUUGAGUUCCCUCUUGAAAGGAAAAGACCCCCAAACAAAAUGAAGAAAUCUCCUGUGGGCAGUUGGCGUUCCUUUUUCAAUUUAGGGAAAUCGUCAUCUGUUUCAAAGCGGAAACUUCAGCGUAAUGAGAGUGAGCCUUCAGAGAUGAAGACCAUAGCUCUGAAAGGGAGCAGGGCAGAAGGGACCCUUCGCUCGGCUAAAAGUGAAGAGUCUCUUACCUCUCUCCAUGCAGUUGAUGGUGACUCUAAACUCUUCCGACCCAGGAGACCCCGGUCUAGCAGUGAUGCAUUGUCUGCCUCUUUUAAUGGAGAAAUGCUUGGAAACCGCUGUAAUUCCUAUGAUAAUCUGCCCCAUGAUAAUGAAAGUGAAGAAGAAGAAGGACUCUUACAUAUUCCAGCCCUCAUGUCCCCUCAUUUGGCUGAGGAUGUUGACUUAAGCCCACCAGACAUUGGAGUAGCCAGCUUGGAUUUUGAUCCCAUGUCAUUUCAGUGUAGUCCUCCCAAGUCUGAAUCUGAGUGCUUGGAAAGUACUGCCUCCAUCUUAGAUUCACUGGGAUUUCCCAAGGAUAAGCCAAGCACCAGUAAAAAGGAAACAGAGGCAGGGAGUCAGUCUCAGACUCCAGGCAGUACUACCAGUUCUGAACCUGUCUCUCCACUUCAGGAGAAAUUAAGUCCAUUCUUUACCCUGGACCUAAGCCCAACUGAAGACAAAGCAUCCAAGCCAUCCUCAUUCACAGAGAAGGUUGUUUAUGCUUUUUCUCCAAAAAUAGGACGGAAAUUAAGUAAAUCACCCUCUAUCAACAUAUCAGAGCCAAUCUCUGUGACCGUUCCCAGUCGGGUGUCAGAAGUCAUUGGUACAGUUCCAAACUCAGCAUCACAGAAUGCAUCUUCCCCAACCUGGAACAAGGGCUUUGGAGAAAGUGACAUCAUCAAUAGGUCCCCCACUCAGGUAGUAACGAUGAGAACAACUGAGACAGAUUCCCGAGAAGUAUGCCAGCCCGAAGUCCAGCCCUUGGACCAGACAGCUGCUGAGGCAGGACUGCCAGGGAAGGUGGAACAGGCCAUCUCUAGCAGUCAGAGUAAGGCUGUACCUUCUGGACAGGCUCAGACAGGAGCAGUUGCCCAUGACUCCCCUCAGGAUCUCGUUCCUGUCAGUUCAGUCUCUCUUAUCCCACCACCACCGCCUCCAAAAAAUGCCGCGCGCAUGUUGGCCUUAGCAUUGGCCGAGUCUGCACAGCAAGCUUCCACUCAGUCAUUGAGGAGACCAGGAAAUUCUCAUACUGGUUGUCCAAAUCAUGGAGACACUACAGUGGCGAUGCCUGAAGAUAAACAGUCCAGUUCUUUUAUUAGUUUUCCUUUAGAUAAGACCUGUUUCCAUGCUGGGAUGCCAUCAGAACAGCUUCACCUCCAAAACACUACAUCUGGAAAUUAUGACCAGCUUAAACUGGGUAUAGCAGUAACUGAGGACCACUGCAAGUCAAUUCCAGUUGAAUCUGGGGAACAGCCAUACCACUCAGUUGAUUCACCAGGGAAUCAGGCCCAUAUGACCUGUUUUCCUGGCGACCCAGAAAAGGCUGAAAUUCCCAUGACAACAUUAGUGGAUUCAGACAAGACUGAUAGUCAUGUUAUUUUGCAUGAGAAUCCAGUGAAGACCAGUAUUCAAACUGUUUCCUUUGGGAACCAAGAUGAACCCCAUAUCCACUUUUCCAGUGGAGACCAGCUUCUUUCCUCUCUGGAUACAUCUGUAGAUAAAUCACAGUUUUCCUCAGAACCUGAAGAAAAGGUAACCCCACCUUUCAGUUUGCCUAUGGACAAAAUCCACUCUCCUCCUGGGUCCCCUCUAGACAGAGCGAGUCCAGCUCCAACAACUUACAUGACAGCUACUCCAGCACCAAGUGAAAUAAACACCAGGGAAGCUAGCUGGGAUAUGAUUAGCCAGCCUGUAUCUUCUGCUGACCUUGUCACUACCCUUCAGCGCACCCACAGAGCUAAUCGUCCUCCUCUAUCCCAUUCUUCUCAGAGACCAGCAGAGCAGCCACUAGUGGUGGGACAGGUACCAGCAGCAGCCAGUGUAGGACUAAGUGAUUCCCACAAGGUUCAUGGAGUAGCUUCAGCUCCAGAGAAGCCACCUGAGCCCAGAGGAGCAGAAUUAUCCUCCAUCUUUACCUGCGAUGGUAGCACAACCAGUCGAUGUGCCUCCUAUGCUUCUGCUGUCCCCCCAGGCCUUCCUGAAAAGGUCUGGGAGGGUACAAGGGCUCCCCUUCUCCACCUGCGUUCUGGGUCUGCUCCUGUGCACGCCUCCCAAGGCUUCACCCUGCCAGUCCCACCCAUGAGGACUAUGGAUAGUAAGAUUGCUACGGCCAUACACUCCAGUAAUACAGAUGCAGCCAGUAUUUCAAAUUAUCAUUCCUUCAUCAUCGCUUCGUCAGCUUCCAUGGAUGAUGCUUUGCCUCCCCCACCACCUAUCCCUCAGCCUAAGCAUGCCUCUCAGAAAACACCUUACCCUUCUUAUAUGAGGCCUGAUAUCACAACCGACUCUGUUGGGGCAGAAAAUUGUUUGCAUCUUGGCUUGGCUUCAGCCUGUCAGUACCGUCCGCAGAGUGUUCCCCCACACCAUCAUAAACCUGAGCAGCACCAAGUCUAUGGUUCCAGAUCAGAGACACCAAGUUGCAUGGGUCCCCGCUAUAAUACAUAUAUACCCCCUGGGAAAAAUGCAUCCGGGUACCAUUCCAAGCCCUGUAGCCGGGUUGAGUAUGUGUCUUCUGUGAGCCCAUCCCUUCGGAGUGCUUGUUAUCCUGAGGACAUUCCUCCGUACCCCACUAUUCGCAGAGUACAGUCCCUGCAUGCCCCUCCAUCUUCUAUGAUCCGCUCUGUCCCCAUUUCUCGGACAGAAGUACCCCCAGAUGAUGAGCCAUCCUAUUGCCCAAGACCCCUUUACCAAUAUAAGCCAUAUCAGUCCUCACAGGCCCGUUCAGAUUACCAUGUAACUCAGCUACAGCCUUACUUCGAGAAUGGCAGAGUUCAUUACCGGUACAGUCCUUACUCCAGUUCUUCUGGUCCCUAUUACAGUUCAGAUGGGGCCUUCUAUGAUGUGGAUGCUUAUAGCACGGUACAGUUGAGGCCACUGCAUCGCAUGCCCAACCGCGAUUUCAGUUUCUACAAUCCUAGGCUCCAGGGAAAGAAUUUGUACCGUUACCCUGGUUUGCCCCCUCGUGCCCAGGGUAACAUUGUUGGCUACCUUUCUGGGAAUGAACACAAUCUUAUCAAUGUGACUUCAGCAGCUGAUGUGAAACAUAUGUAUACUUCAUGGGACCUGGAAGACAUGGAAAAAUACCGCAUGCAGUCCAUCCGACGGGAAAGCCGAGCACGACAAAAGGUUAAAGGGCCAGUUAUGUCCCAGUAUGACAACAUGGCCCCGGCUAUGCAGGAUGACAUGGGUGGAAUUUAUGUCAUCCAUCUACGGAGCAAAUCAGAUCCUGGGAAAACUGGACUUCUUUCAGUGGCAGAAGGGAAGGAAGGGAGAUAUCCCACCAAGGCAGUUACCCCAGAGGGAGAUGACCGCUUCUAUAAAAAGCAUCCUGAGCCAGAGUUAGACAGAGCCCAUUACCAUGGUGGCUAUGGCAAUGGGCAGUCAGAGAAGCCAUCUCUCCCUCUGAAGCAAAGCAGCCUCAGGAACAGAAAAAUUCAUGACAUGGGCUCCAAUCCCUCUGAACAUAGGGCACACCAGGAAGUAAGCCAUAGGCAGUUAUGUGAAUCAAAAAAUGGGCCUCCUUAUCCCCCAGGAACUGGCCAGUUAGAUUAUGGGCCCAAAGGCAUCCCAGACACUUCUGAACCAGUUAGCUAUCAUCCUGCUGGAGGGAAAUAUAGUACAGUGAGCCAGGAGACUUUGAGACUAAAUCACAAAGAAGUGAGGCCCGCUGAAGACCUGGAGCGGCCACGUAUGCGGCAGCCCCAUGCCCCAGAGAAACUCUCAAGAGACUGCUAUAAGGAAGAUGAGCAUCCCAUUCAGUCAGCUCCCCCACCUAAGCCAGAGCGGAGUCACAGCCUGAAACUCCAUCAUACACAAAGUAUGGAGAGGGACCCCAGUCUCCUGUACCAGUACCAAAUGCAUGGCAAACGCCAAAGCAACAUGACUGUAUUAUCUCAGUAUGAGAAUUUGGAUGAUUAUCACCCCAUGCCUCAGCACCAGCGGGGAGGUUUUGGAGGAGGAGGAGGAGGAAUGGGUACAUUCAUACCUCCUGGCUUUCCCCAUCCACAAAAUAGGACAUAUGCCACAGCUCUGGGUCAAGGGGCUUUUCUUUCCACAGAGUUGUCCUUGCAGAAUCCUGAAACACAGAUCCAUGCAGAAUGAGCCCUGGGAACAAUAGAGUUAAAGCAGCCUCUGCUGGACAGUGGACUGUUUUAUUUUUUCAAUGACCAAAAAGAUUAAAAAAUAAACAAAAAAUUAAAAAAAAACAACCAAAAUAUCCCAGUAAGAAAAGGAAAAAAAUUAUCAUCUUCUCUCCCUUCUUAUCACAUCCCCCAUCCACAGACUCUGUUGUGUGUCUCAUUUAAAGGAAGCCUGAAUGAUUUUGGAGAGCUUCAUUUUGAAUAUAUAUCUAAGUCAUUUUGUCACAGACCAAAUUCACCAGAGAAGGCAAAUUUAGAUUGAGAUUGGGAGCUGCUGCUGCUUUUAAGUAAAAUUAACAUUGUCUUUUUUUUUUUCUUGGUACCUAGUUUACAUAGUAUGGAGAAAUCUAUGUUAAUUGCUAGUAGGAUUUUACUUCUGUUUUAGGUUCCUACUUAACUUACCCCCAGUAAAUACUGAGUGACAUUCCCAGAAUAUCAGAUCAUUCUCACCUAAAUCACCCCUCUCUUCUAAGAGUCAGGUAUACUAAAUUAAAGUCAGAAAAUUAUUAAUACUUUAAUUAGGAAACACAGUUAUUAUUAAGUUAAAGCAUUUAAAAAAUGAAAUUAAUUGUCCCCUCUGCCUGAGAGCAUUUAAAAAAAUGUGUUAUUGUUCUCAGCACCCCAUGAAAGUUAUUUUUUCACAGUUGCGUUAAUAACCUUGCGUAAAUGCAAAAAGGAUUUUUUCAUUAGAAUAACAAUGAAACUUCUAAAUGAAAGAAGAAAAAAAUCCUGUUACUGUGGCUUAGCAUCAGAAACUGUCAUUUCUUUUAAUAUGCUUAUUACCACUGAGUUUUUAUAAAAGAUCCUGGUAAAUUAUAAUUUCUAGUAUAAACAUUUCAUAUCACUGUCAUGAAAAAUACAGCAGCAUGGUUUGGCUGGACAAACAGAACAUGCGCUAAUUUACAAACUUACUUUGUGAUGAUUUUUUGUUUCUAAACCAGAGUGCAGGUUACCUGGGAAUUCUUAAUGUAGGUACCAGUUAUUUAUGGGAACAUGUAAGCUAUUAUAAUAACUACGUAGUACACUGUACCAUAUCAUCAUACAGUGGAACCCCGUGCAGUUACCAUGUUAAGUACUGAGUAAAUACAUGUUCUUCAUUUACUGUGUAUUUAGUGUGAUCACUGUUUUAUUGUAAUUGUCAUUCACACCAGCAUUUCAGGUACAUCACUUUGUAACUCUGUAGAAAUGUUAUGUAUAUUUAGUACCCGAGACUUUGUUUUUAAUAACUCACAUGAAUUCCUUAUUACAAUAGGAAUAAGACAGUUCUUUCCAGCCAAGUAGUUUUCUUUUUCUAUAUUCCCUCUCAUCACAGCUAUACCAGAUUAGCAGUGCUGUUGUCUAUUUCUAAAAGGCUAUAGUUUGACAUUUCAUUAUACAAGACUUACUAAUGCUUGAGUUUUAGGCAUUAACAUCUUUAAAAUGCUCAAUUUGGUGAAGACAGUUGGAGAAUCUCAAUUUAGUGGAUGAGAAUUUCUCUGACUUUUUUUUUUAAACUCAGAGUGAGUUUCAUUCAGUGAAAAAAGAAAAAGCAAACAAGUGUUCAUGAGGCUGAAAUCAUGCUGCUAUCAUUGCUGUGAAACCACAAAUACUAGGGCUCACAUCAUUUCAUCUUUGAUCCAGAACAUCAUGUCAUUGCUAUUUUCAGUGAUUAAGUAACAAAAUAAUUAUUAACCAUCACGUCAAAAAAGAACCAUCUUUUUUGGGGGGGGUCACCAUCUCUAAAGUUUUUUUUGGUCUCCCAGCUUUGGUCAUAGCUACUUCAACAGCAGUGGUCUAAAUAUUCAUUUAGGGGUAUGUCUACAGUAGAAAUUGGGAAGCAACUGAUAUUUUUUUUUGCAUGUAAUUGGCCUACAUAUAGGUUUUAUAAAAUGCACAGAUCCAAUUAGUAUAAAAAAAUCAUUACCUUUAUAAUAAUCAGUAAUCAUUUAUUAAGCACCAGCAAUGUCCCAGGCACUGAUAGGUACUGGGAAUAUACAUUCAAAGAAUGAAACAAUCCCUAUUCUCAAAGUAUAUUCUAACAAUAAGAAAUUUAAUAGCAUAUUCCCACAUGACUUGAAGUAUUUGAUGCAUCUACCAGUGAUCUAGAUUUCAGUUUUCAUCACUGAGAAUUUCUUAACCCUGGCUUUCCCUUGACUAUCAUCAGAUCAAUAGAGCAGUCCAGUUGACCCAUUGGCAAUACCAAAUUGAUACCUCAUCAAUAACUUGAUGAUUGGAGGGAAGGGAAGAAAGGGAUAGGGGGACUAUUACAAAGUAGGUUUGCAUGAUUAGUAGUAAUUGUAUGCCUUUGGAGGAAAUGAUUGAAGAAAAGCCUGCUUAAUCAAUUUUUUUUACGUAUGCACAUUUUCCACCCCUGAAUCAUAAAACUAGGAAAGACAAAAUGCUAAAGUUUUUCCUUGGAGAAAUUCCUAACUAGAAGCCUACAGAUAAAUAGCUUGAUAUAGAUAAUGGCUCAAAGGAACAUUAAACUUGUCAAAACUAUGAACUCUGGACAGAGUCUACAGUUGUUUUCUCUAAUGCAGACACAGCCUUAAUUAUGUAUUCAGUUAUUUGAAGAAGAACUUUGCAUGGUCUCUUUCUUGCUAAUACUAUGGGGUAGAAUUUGGAUGGCAAAUCACUGUGAGCCAAGUUACCUCAGCAUAAGUCAUCAUGGGUGUGACUUCACAAACCUAGAAAUGACAUUGAAGUUAAUAUUUUUAAUUUUGACAUGGGGCAUCAUCAUCGACAAAAAUGGAGCUGCCUUAUGCAUUGAACCCAUCAUCUAGUUCUUUUAUUCUUUUACUAACUAAAUCUCUAGUAUUUUAUCCUUUUUGGCUAAAUUUGUAGUUUACUCCAUUUGAUUUGGCUAACAAAUUUUCUCAGUGUCUUACUGCAGAAUUUUCAUACAGUCUCAAAGGUGCCAUUUUGUUUUUUGUUCCUUUCAUCUGAGCCUAAUUUCAUGUUGUGUUUGGUUUCCAUUUAAACAUGCAAGUUCCCCAAGAUUGUCCUGAGAAUGUUCCAUACAUCUCUUCCCAUAUCCCUCCACAUUUCCCAUAAAGCAAGGUAUUUUGUGAAAAAAAGUUAGGGUCAGGUUGGAAAUACAUAGAUGACAGAAAAUGUGCUUCUUUGAAGAGAGAACACUUGUAUGACUUGAAAGAAUGGGGAAGAAAGAGCAAGACAUUUCAUCUUUUGGGUGGCAAUUUGGUAUACAGUUUAGCCAACUUAAAAUGCAUUAUUCCUCUUUGGUUACAGAAGGAACAAGUAGAUCCACCCUUUGCAUCCUUCUGUAUCCCCACCCCUAUUUAUUGCUCAUCCCAUUAGUAUGUUGGCAAAGCAUUGUGUAAGGAAACACGUGUAAGGAAAUAAUAGUGAAAGUAAAAGAAUGUUUGAAAGCUAUUUCAGAAAGGAUUAGAGGCAUGUGAUUUUCGGUCCCGAGUGCUACAGGAGUGUCAGGUAUGAUAAAUUUUAACUGUGUGCAUGAAAAUGCCAGUGCGUAAGGUAGGCAAGGGGGAGGGAAAGAGUCCCCUUCUCCCCCAACACCUGGUUUGUAUUUUCAUGGUCAAAGAAUGAGAUAAGGUUGUUUUGAAGUUUAUGUUAUGCAGUAGAAAACUUGAUUCUUCAACCAUGACCCGCAUGAUAAGUGUCCUAGAAAGUUUUGAAUCACACUUCUGAGUUCUUUUAAUUUUAAUUUAUAUAAUGUCUUAUUUUUAUGUUUUAAUAUUUUUGUGAACUGGUGUAAAAUAUAUAUGCUGAGAAGCUCAUGUAUUUUUUUGUAAAUAAUUUUGUGGCUUAUUCUUUGCCCCAUAUGUAAAUAUUUAGAUUACCAUUUUCUUCCAACCUUGUAUAAAGCUGAUGUGGGGUUCUGGUUUUGGUUUGGGGGGAGGGGUUUUUAUACUGUAAUGGGAAAAUCGAGAUUGAGAUGUCUUGUGGUUUAAAUCAAAUGUCCCACUGAGGUCACUUCAAGUAUACAAGUCAACAGAAAUAAUUCAGGUUAAAAACAGA